AUGAGGAAGGAAAGUGACACAUUGUUAGAUGAGUUUGUUGGCGGAAGGAAAGGAAAGAUAUCAUCACUGGGAACUUCAAAGGGGAUUCUAGAGAUCGUCAAGUUUGGGGUUUACGUUACUGUACCCAUCGUUCUUAUGUACGUUUAUGCUAGCAAUACCGACAACACCCUCCACAAGUUCAUCAGAAAAAAAUCAUACGUUGAAUAUCCCAAGGAUACACAAAAGCCACCACCACCAGAGGAGCUUAGAGAGAUGGCGAGGAAGAUAGCUCACAAAAGGAACAACUCCUGAUGCUUCUUGUGGGUUGGUUGUGCUUUAGUGGUUAUGUACUAGUAUCUGU